ACAAACAGAAGAAGAAGAGAAAGAGCUUGCAGAGAAAGCAAAAAAGAAGAAGAAGCAAAGAAAGAGAAACACAAAAGAUUCAGGUUAAUUUCUAGUUUCGCAUCUCUGAACUUAUCUGCUCAUAUGAUCGAUAACGAUGGUGGAACUAAUGACUUCCCAGGAAAAUCAAACCGUGGAAACCCCGAAAAUCGAAACCGAGAACCCGCCAAAGCCUCAAGUGCCAUCAUCAUCAUGCAGGAAGAGGGUGAACGAUGAUAAUGCCACUUUCUUUGAGAACCUGAAGGAUCACAUGGGUGAAUUCUUCAAUGCCUCAAUGGAGGAACACAAGACUUGUUUCAAAAACACCAUGGACAAGAUAUUCGGGAAGAGUGAUGCAGUUGCAGAGAAGCAAGCUGUGGCUAAGGAAGCGGUCGAGAUUCACGCUCCUCUACAGGCAGCAGCAGUGACUAAGUAGACAGAGAGAGAUUCACAGCUAGGGAGCUCAGAAGGAUUUAUCGAGUGUGUUAUCUUUUUUCUUGUUUAACUCUAGAAAAAGUUUUUUAACUUUAUAUGGUCUCUGCAAAAAGUACUCGUCUAAGUAUUGUGGGGUGUUAAUAUGCUCUUAGAACCAGCUUCUAUCUCUUUUUCAAUCCAUUCUAAAUCAUAUAUAACCUGUUUCUAUUAA